CGCGCCAACUGGACCCUGGCUGCCGCAGACUUGCGACGACAUCUCUCUGCCUGCCGUGCCUACACCCAUCCACCCUCACCUCAGCAUCGACCCUCAAACACCGCCCCUUUACCCCCGCGAGGUUGACCGCAUCCCCCCAGACUCCGCGCGUCUCCUAUACGCCCAUCUACCCCGGGCUUGUCCACACGUAUACUGAACCACCGCAAACUCCUGUACCACCGCGACCUCGAGGUUUCCCACCCUCACUUCGCCCAUCAUGGCCACUCAAUACGAAGUCGAGCACAACAUCCAGUUCUCGGAGCCCCGUCGCACCGGCCGCCGCGUCGACAUGGCUUCCUUCUUCUCCCUCCUCAACCAGCUCAGCAGCGACCCGCAGCCACGAUCGUCAUCAUCAACGGGCACGCGCUCGCCGCACAACAACCCGCACGCGACGCCCACCCCCGUCGACACGGCCGCCCUCUUCCGCCUGCUGCAGGACCAGCUGCAGACGCUGUCCGCCACGGCCCCCACGCCCGACAACCGCGACUUCCUCGACCGCCUCGUCGCCUCCCUCGACGAGGACAUCCACGACCCCCCCACCACGCUCCGCGGCGUCGACCAGCAGUUCGUCGACACCCUCGACCGCGUCGGCCGCAAGGGCCUCGCCCCCGACGACGACUGCGCCAUCUGCAAGGUCCCCUACCUCGAGGACGAGUGGUGCCUCGUCGUCGAGCUGCCCUGCCGCGGCCGCCACCGCUUCGACCUCGAGUGCGUCGGGCCCUGGCUGCGCAGCAAGGGCACCUGCCCCAUGUGCCGCGAGGAGAUGGGCAAGAAGAAGCCCGUUCCCGUGGUCGAGGACGACGAGGAAGAGGACGACAUGAUGUAUGGGUAGCCGAGGCGUGCAGAUGCGAGGGCAAGGCGGCGAGGCGUAAAGGCGGGCUGGCUGGCGGAGCGAACAAGGGGGGGUUCUGUCCCGAGGGUGAAAUGGCGUAUUCUGGAGUCUCAUCGUGUGGCAUUUCGACGGCUUCGCAACGCAUCAUCAUUCAUAUACCAUCCGUCACAUCAGGUGCUUCUGGUUUGAAUCUACA